UUCAGGUAGGCCCUCACCACGUCUUUCACGCUGCACAACGCCGUAGCAACAUAGUUGCUAACGGUGCGCAAGACAACGGUGCGCAAGACAACGGGGCCCAAUACACGCGGCCCGUCUUGCCGCAGUUCGUCGUCGAAGUUGUUACCGAAGGAGCAGAAGUGGCCGAAACAGCUGAAGUAGCCGAAGUGAGUCGAAGUGCUAUUGCCUUUACGGCCCCUGGCUGGUUAACUUGCUAGCUGACUAACUGGCCUACUAUCUCAGCUGAGUGUUGCAGCAUCCGGCGUAUGUGUGUUGCUGGGCAAGCAUUCGAUUCAUGGUUCCGUUAUCUUUCUUCAUCUCGCUGCUGCUAUUCAGUCGUGGCCACUGCUUGCGAGGAGCCAAUCACGGUAGUGUGUUCUGUGGCCCGCGAUCGUGUUGCAGAAAAGGACCCGGAGCCGAGGCGUUUCACGGCAAUUGCAGCAAUCGUCAUACAGCACCACACGUAACCCCCUCGACUUAACGGCUGCUACUUUUCGGUCAAAGUUGGCUGGAUUUCGUUAGUUCGGAGGCAAUGGUCACUGACGAAUUACCGUUGCGCUUUGAAGAAGCUAUUCUGCUGAAGAGAAAGGCUUUGUCGCGGAAUGAGCCAGUGAAUAGCGCGGUAGCGGUGGUACCACUGUCGAACGAACGGAUUACCUAUUGACGGCCGAUUGACUAAAAAUCGAUCUUAUGAUAUUCGAGUGGCUGAAGUGGACUAUGCUAACAAUGAAAGUCGUAUAUCAUGAAUAGAUAGAAAUACUGUGCUAAGAUAUGGUCAACUUUUCAGCUGAUCGAGUGCUUGUUGUCAUUUUAUGCGCGCAGGAUAACUCAUGACUAUGUGGACUUCGUGAAGUGUCGCGGUUUCGGCCGCAUGAUUACUUACGAACUCUUGCAACCUACAUUUAACAUAUACGUACAAAUACUUACGAGCGUGAAACAGGAAUACUGGCUAAACUCUAUCCUUCCCCCUUGGAUAUAUACAUAUAAGACGAAUCAUUCCUGUGCAGGACGAUGUUGUGUUCAAGUUAGUAGGGCGAAACCCUGUCGACUGACCGGAAGUCGGCAAAGUUACAGGAGUAAGGAUUCCGGGCCAAGCGAAGGCCUGGGCUCUCACUCGGCGUCCGUCUCCGACCCGUCCGCACCUUCAUCUUCGUUUCCGGAGAAAAUCUUUGAUUUCGAAGAAUGAGCCAGAAGUACGGUUCGAAGGAUGGCAUUUUUUCUGGGCAGCCCCCAGCGAACGACGUUGACUAUGAAGACGAUGACGAUCCGAGCAUUCCGCUUUACGCUGGAAGCCAGCGAAAAAAAACUGCUGGCUGGGACGUAUUUCAGGACCCCCCACCACCUGAAGAGGACGACACGAUCAACCCUCAAUGGAUCGAUGUUUCUCUAAAGAUCACGAAAGUCAUUGUCUAUUUCAUCACAGCCUUAAUCGUCCUUAGCAGUUCAAUUGCAGCGAAAGGCACGCUACUCUUCAUCACUUCACAUGUGGGUCAGAAGGCUGUGUCGGUUUGUCGUCAGGGGCUCCCGGUCGAACGCGACAAGGAUUAUGAAGCAGCGAUUCCAUCUGUGGAACGUGUGGCCUGGGUGUGGUCCCUCUUCCUCGUCCUUAUCAUGCCCGAACUCUUCACACUAUUUCGGGCCGGCAGGGUCUGCUUUUUCAAGAGUUACCGCCCGCCAAGUAAACCUACGUUUAUUAUGGUUUUUUUAAUGGAGUCGUUCCAUGUGUUCGGAUUAGUUCUCCUCGUAUUUGUAGUUCUCCCGGAGUUGGAUGUCGUCAAAGCGGCUAUGCUCACCAACUGCAUGUGCUUCUUACCGGCAUUUUUUGGUAUGCUAUCACACUAUCAGGGUGAAGAGAAACGAGCGUUAAGAACUCUGCUGGAUUUUUUCUGUUUGUGCGCCCAAGCGAUGGGUUUUGUCGUGUGGCCAUUUCUCGUUGAGAGUGAACGAGUCUGGACGAUUCCCGUAUCCUGUUUGCUCGUGUCAUGUCGCUGGUGGGAGAACUACGUAGACAAACGAUCUCCGUUCGGAUUCAUCGCUAAACUCGGCGCCAUGAAGGAUGAUUUACGUAGGUCGAGGUAUUUUCUCUAUAUUUUCAUCGCAUCAUGGAAGGUUCUGCUGAUAUUCUGCUCGAUGCUGCUAGUGAAUACAAUCACUAUGGAAAAUGUCGUGGAUCUGCUUAGAUCGUUCGGAAAGGCUUUCCGUAGCCACAAAAUCAUGAUCGUACAGGUAUAUCAGCGUGUCUUUGACCAUCUGCCGGCCGAUAUUCCGACUGCUUCACCCUUAGACGAUGACAUUUCACUUCUGACAUUCGAGUGGACGCCGCUCAUCGUUGCCCUCAUCCAAAUCUGUGCCGCGCAUCUCUGCUAUGUCACAUCGAAGUUUGCCUGUAAAAUCUGCAUUCAAGGCUUCAGCUUCGCCUUCCCCAUAUCCCUCACUAUCCCCGUAUGCAUCUCGUUAUUGAUUGCCUCGUGUGGCAUACGUUUUGAGGAUGUCUGCUUUUUCGAGGGUUGGUUACCGAAAUACCUCUUCUGGAAGUGUCCUCCCGGAGAUUUCUUUCAGGACUUCUUUACCUCACAACAUACAUGGAUUUGGUUAAUAUGCCUAUUAUCACAAACAUGGAUUGCAGUUCACAUCCUUACCCCAAAGUCUGAGCGACUUUCAUCCACGGAGAAACUAUUCGUUUGCCCCAUGUACGUGGGCACCCUGAUCGAUCAAUCGCUAGCAUUCAACCGCCGACGAGAUGACGAAGGGGAACUUAAAAGUGACGAAUUGGCUCUUGAUGGCACCGAGGAUUAUGAAACUAUGUAUGAGACGAUUUCCGAAUCAUCAGAUAAGGAUAAGGAGAAAAAGGGAACCCCUAGCACAGUGAAAGCGUCCGAUCACGUCACGAAGAUUUACGCAUGCGCCACAAUGUGGCACGAAACCACCGAUGAAAUGAUUCAGAUGUUGAAGUCCAUCAUGCGAAUGGACGAAGAUCAGUGCGCCCGCCGUAACGCUCAGAAGUACCUGCGUAUUGUCGAUCCUGAUUAUUAUGAAUUUGAGGUUCACGUGUUCUUCGACGAUGCUUUUGAGUGGUCUGAUCAUAGUGACGAGGACCGCCAGGUGAAUCGCUUUGUAACAACGCUCGUUAAGGUCAUGGACACGGCAGCCAGUAACGUGCACCAGUGUACGAUCAAGCUUAAGCCGCCCAAAAAAAUUCCAACUCCGUACGGGGGACGCCUUAUGUGGACUAUGCCAGGCAAAAACAAGUUCAUCGUGCAUCUAAAGGAUAAGAACAAAAUCCGUCACAGGAAACGAUGGUCACAGGUCAUGUAUAUGUAUUAUUUGCUUGGUCACCGACUUAUGGAGCUACCGAUCGACGUUGCAAGAAAGGCUGUGGUUGCUGAGAACACUUACAUACUGGCUCUCGAUGGGGAUAUCAAUUUUAGACCGCAUGCAGUUCAACUGCUUGUUGACUUGAUGAAGAAAAAUCGCGGAUUGGGAGCGGCGUGCGGACGUAUCCAUCCCGUAGGAACAGGACCCAUGGCAUGGUACCAGAAGUUCGAAUACGCAAUCGGUCAUUGGCUGCAAAAGGCUACCGAGCACAUGAUUGGUUGUGUUCUCUGUUCACCCGGAUGUUUCUCGCUGUUCCGUGCUAAGGCUCUUAUGGAUGACAACGUCAUGAAGAAAUAUACGACUGAAGCAACUGAGGCGCUGCAUUAUGUACAAUACGAUCAAGGCGAAGAUCGAUGGCUGUGCACACUGCUGCUGCAACGAGGUUACCGAGUAGAGUACUCCGCUGCGUCUGACGCAUACACACACUGCCCUGAAGGUUUUGGAGAAUUCUAUACUCAGCGCAGGCGAUGGGCCCCUUCCACCAUGGCUAACAUUAUGGACUUGCUUGGCGAUUAUAAACGUACAGUAGCUAUCAACGACAACAUCUCACUGCCGUACAUUAUUUAUCAGGGCAUGUUAAUGGUCGGAACGAUCCUUGGUCCUGGCACCAUCUUUCUUAUGCUCGUAGGAGCUAUGGUUGCUUCGUUCAGGAUAUCUAACUGGGAUUCCUUCUACUACAACUUCAUACCCAUCCUGUUCUUUAUGGUGGUGUGUUUUACAAUGAAAAACGACGUUCAGAUUUUAAUAGCGCAGAUAUUAUCGGCCGGCUACGCCUUGCUCAUGAUGGCUGUGAUGGUCGGUACGGCAAUCCAGAUCACCGAAGACGGUGCCGGAUCACCUUCAGCCAUCUUCCUUCUGUCGCUAUCGGGCUCAAUGGUCGUUGCGGCACUCAUGCAUCCACAGGAGUUCUCUUGCGUAAUGCCUGGCGUUCUCUAUUUCCUGUCUAUCCCGUCAAUGUACCUCCUUCUUAUCUUGUACUCGCUCAUCAACCUCAAUGUCGUAUCGUGGGGAACCCGCGAAACCGUUCAGAAGAAGACCCAGAAAGAACUCGACGAAGAGAGGAAAGCGCUGGAAGAAGAGAUGAAGAAUAAGAAGAACAGAAAAUUGCUUGGCCUGUUCGAUUUCAACGGCGAGGACAAAGAAGGCAUCUUCGGCAUGACGAACCUAUUCACGUGCAUGAUCUGUUCAAAUCCACGCAACCAAGAAGAGAAGCUUCAACUGGCCUCGAUAGCCGACUCGCUAAAUUCGCUCAACAAGAAAAUUCACAAUCUAGAACGUCAGCUGGAGAACAUCCAUGGCAUUGUUCCAUUAGAGCGUCGUAAGUCGAAGCUGGGUCGUUCAGCGAGCCGGGCCACGGAUCACGGUGGGCGUAUGAGUGUUGUUAACGAAUCUGAAGGAGAGAUCUCGUACGAAAGUGAUGGUUCGGAGACUGAUUCUACUAGAACUGAAAGCCGCCCAAAACGUGAUGAUAUGCUGAACCCAUACUGGGUUGAAGAUAAAGACCUCAAACAUGGUGAGGUCGAGUUCCUGUCACCGGCUGAGAUCCAGUUCUGGAAGGAUAUGAUAUCCAAAUACUUAUUCCCUAUCGAUGAAAACAAAGAACAACAGGCCCGUGUUGCUCGCGACCUGAAAGAUCUACGAAACAAGGUCGUAUUCGCAUUUAUCAUGUUCAACGCACUCUUCAUCCUGAUCGUUUUCUUGCUCCAGCUGAAUAAGAAACAGCUGCAUAUUAAUUGGCCGCUUGGGGUAAAAACAAACAUCACGUUUAUUCCCGACACCUCCCAAGUCAUCAUCGAAAAGGAGUACCUCCAACUUGAACCUAUCGGUUUGAUAUUCGUUAUCUUCUUCGGAUUCAUCACGCUUGUUCAGUUUCUCGGCAUGUGUUUCCACCGUUUCGAAACAUUGUCUCACAUGCUUGCUUCUAUCGAGUUGAGUUGUUCCCAGAAAGUGGACAUAUCCGAUGAUGCCUUCAUCGACAAGAACGCGAUUCAGAUUGCCCGACAGUUACAGGCGCUCAAAGGGAUCGACGACGACAGUGAUGAGUACAAAAACGCGAGCGAUCGUCUAGAGCGACGGAAAACAAUACAAAACCUUGAAAAGCGUCGUAACCAAUUUACGAAAACGGGUACUCUUGAUGUUGCAUUCAAAAAGCGUUUCAUGAACAUUUCCGCUGAACAACACGAUAAUGGCAGCAUCGGCGCACCGGUCCUCAAUAAUUUGCGACGUAUAAGCCGCAAUCGUGAUACGUUGCGGGCUCUCGAGGUACGUAAAAAUACUGUGCUACAGGCGAACAAUCGUUCGAAAAUGGAGACGCUAGGAGCUAACAACACCUAUGCUCCCAGCUCUCGCGGUGGAGCACGGUAUCGCGAGAAGGCCGAGAACCUGUUUGGGGAACGGAUGAACCACGCUUACGAGAUUGGCGAAGAUGAGUUGGGAAUGCAUAUUUACGGCGAAUCAAACAGUGCCGGUGGAGGCAGCCGGAGACGGGAAAGUCUCUACGGCGACGUGAACGAUGGAAAAGUGUAGGACGAUUGGUCGGAACGUUUGGAGAUACCGUCGCCAAAUAAUAGACAGCGAUGCCAUAUUUUUCCCCAUUCUUUUUCUUCGAGUGUAGCCAACGCUAACGUUGGUUAGGCACAAACGUGCUAACAUUAGCUUGAACCAGCACUCUUGUGCCUUAUAAACUAGCAAAUAGAUGGAGAAACGGCGAUCCCCACCCAUCGGGAAGCAAAAGCUACAUUUAUGUCCAUUUCUAGGAAUGGACGGAUUCUCAAGGAAAGCUUUGCCUCUAUCAGCGGAAAAGAUCCAAAUCUGUUCUCACUAUCUUAUCUCAAACGGCACAACCACAUAUUGGCUUAUCUCCCAAAAUAAUAAAUAAGCUGGUAAUGAAAAUUUAAGAUGAUCCGAGAACGAAAGAGCAUUGAGGAGCAAAAUAGUCGUCAAAUGAGUUGACAAAGUCGAAAAAAACGGAUGUACCCUUACAAGGAAUAUAGGACUGUUCUGAAUAAACCUAUAAACUAUAGCGAUGAUCCUGGUUUUUGUGGCACUUCUAUUUAAAAUGACUUCGUGCUUCCGGGUACAUGAGACUCAUGCGGUUGUUACUUGGGUAGGAUACAACGUAGUAUAGACGAUUUUCGGCAAGCUUGCAUUAAUUAUAUAAUUGUAUUUUGACGAGCUAGUGUUUGAAAUAAAACAGCUAAGUUAUUUGUAUAAGUUAGUUGGCUUACAACAGCACAAACAAAGCUGUAACAUAGCGCUAUCUGAACCAAAACAAUGAAAAUCGCCUAUAGGAAGUUCGGAUUACAGAAAAGAGAUCACGAGGCCACACAGCUAAGCCAAGCAAAUCAUCGAGGGUGUAAGCUAUUAUCAAUUCUAUUAUAUUAUUGCCCUUUCAACUUACGCCAUCUAAUUAAGUUAUUUAAUUGUGAAACUAUUAUUUUGAUUGUCAUUUUUGCGAUAAUAAUUGGACAACAAGAAACACACGCUGAGUGUUGGUACUCCAUGUGUCCAGCACAAUCAUUUAUGUCGGCUGGGUAUACUUUCAACUCGACGUGCGUUAUCAGAAAGCCAUCUUUACCCACUGGGCAAAAUAACUGAAUUUAAUUUAAGCUUCGUAUAUUGUAGUUAGGUAAUACCAAGACUGAACCAAUAGCCACAAUCAGCAACACGGCUUCUGUGUUAUGUAGUAUAAAGACGGAUGUAGACGGUUGAAUGGCAGUCGUACGGCGUCCAACAAGUUAAGAGUUUAAAGCCCUGUAGAAAAUAAUAGAUAGGAAAAAGAGUGUCAUUGUGAUGUAGAAUACAUGCGUGGAGAACAUGUUGUGAUAUUCUUUCUGUUUGUUUUUUUCUAUAGGAAAUAACCCUGCAUUACAAAAAAAGCGUUUACAAACACAUUAGGAAUUACGAUGAAAUAGGAAAAGGAUGUACCACACAUACUGACGUCCAUACAACGAUGAAGUGCUGAAGCUGUAAGAUGAAGAUUAUUCGAACGUAGUAUGCUGGUUUAUUGGCUGAAUAAUCAGUAAAUCUUACAAUAGUCAUUAAUUAUUAUAAUACGGCGCAUACUAUAGUGAAUCCGCAUCGAUAUGGUUAUAUACUACAAGUACAAACUGAUUCUAGCGCGCCCUUACCUCGUGUGAUAUUGCCUAUUUCUGACGUUUUUCAAAGGAAAACAACACUCUAGCAUACGAAAUAGCCGUCUGUUUUCUACAAAUGACAUUUUCUAAACUGUUCGGUAAAUCAACAUUUUGAAAAACGGCAAAAAAACAGACAACUAUGAUUGACGCAAAUACACCAGAUGUAUACACAACUGUGAACAAAGGGUAGAAUUUGUUUAUUUAAAAACGUACCGCAGAUGAAUUAGUAUCGUGCGCACAUAAUUGAUUUGGCGUUUUCGGGCUUUUUCUACCGUGCCAAAUUCAACCAUAAGGGUAUGACGUGAAUAAACAUUUCAGUGUUAGCAGGGCUUACCCUGUUCCCUACUAUUGUAGUCGCAUUACGAUCAAGGACUGAAGUACAUAGGAAAGAUUUUUAAGCCACUCGUUUAAGGUAGCGCUUAGAUAUGCUGCGAUAUGUUGGUCAAGAUUUUCGGGGAAAAAAUCAGCAGGAUCCAAACGUAAAAUUACAGAUGUACAUGUACACACGUGUUCACAAAUACGGGGUCCUUUACAUUCGCUACGAGCGGUACACAUCUUCAAAUAAUAAAAAAACACCAUCGUAUUAUUAA